AUUUUUACUCGAUGGCAACUAUUUGGUAACGACAGUGAAAAUCUAGUAAUUAAUCGGGCGAUUGAUAAUUAGAUUUCUCCUCGGUGGCAACUAUCGAUUUAUCGCCCGAUCAUUGACCGAUUUAACUAUUGGUAGUUGCACGACUAGUUGCCAUCUAGAUUAGUAGUUGGGGGAGGGGACUUUUAACUGCAUGUACAUCGCCCGAUUACAGGCGAAAUGUAUCUAGAUUUUUCCCAUAGGUGAGUUGGGGAACGGCCAGACUCUUUCUUAUAAACACAAAACGUGGAUAGACGUCUAAUUAAAGAAUUGAGGCAUAAAACGCAAACGUCUGAAGUUUCGACCCGGUGAAUUGCCAUUGAAAAGUCUUCUCCAACGACUUUUUCACAACAACUUUGGAAGCAAAAUUUUCUCAUAAAAGAGUCAAGAGUUGAUGAAUUUUUAAGAGUUUCUAGAUGUCGCUCGACACAGUGCCAUUUUCGGUGAUUCAGACACUGAUAUUUUGCCUAGAAAACCGAAGACAUAGCUUCAAAUUCAACGAGCCUUUGCGAAGGUGGAGGACAAGAGCAGAGACAUUAUCAUCUCUUACUCUUUUGACUCACCGAGAGAUUUAGACUCGGACACGAUGAUUUUCACCAAGCAAACCCUUCUGACUGUAUCCGUGAAAAAUUCGAAAAUGACUAGAAACAUGUCAAUUUGAGAUCUCUAGAUACCUUCUACAUUUUUCUUUUGGCAAAAGUGAUUGUAGAAUUCGACUUGAUGAAAAAUUAUUAAUUCGAUCGAUAAGUGUUAGAGAAUGCGGGCAAAAGUCUAUUGUAACAGUUUUCUUGCCUAUUAAUAAUUGUUGCUUUGUUUGUUGUUCUAGCAUGUUCGUUGGGUGAAGUAGAUGCUACGUUUGACGAUUUAACACCUACAACAAGUAUUGCAGUAAUUCCACCCACUUAUGAUAAUUUAACGUGGACAAAUGGUCACUAUCUGUACGCUGCUUCAUAUCCCUCGUCUGGUUAUCCGUUGCUUGUAACAUCGGGUAGUUAUACAGGCUGGUAUCAAGGUAAUUCAAUGUUAACCAUUCAAUCAAUAAGCAAUACGGACACAUUUAUAUUUAAUGAGGUGUACAUGAUUGCUGGAUGGACACCCACACUGACAACAUUGAUUGCGGGUUAUUAUGACAGCACACAAUUAUAUAAUCAAACAGUUACAUUGACUCAAACAUCAAAAUAUCUAUUCAUUCCCAAUUGGUCGGGUAUCAAUAAGAUUACAAUGUAUACAGCUGGGGCCGCUACUACUUAUGAUGUUGGUAUAGAAAAUUUAAAGAUCACAUAUUGCAGUACGGCAACGGUGACUCCACCAGGAUCCACAACACAGACCGUCAAGGCGUCACAAGCAACGCCUGCCAGCUACAUAACCCUAAAUACAACCGCAACCCCGACUCAACCAGCCUGUGCUUUUGUAAAUGUGAGUAAUUUGUUGGUGAACCCUGGAGCUGAAACCGAGUUACUUUCACCUUGGGUGAUCGAUGGUACGUCAGCGCCCGGCAUUGACAAUGGAACAUUUGAUGCAAGCAUUAAACCGCACAGUGGCGGUUAUCAGUUCGGUGGGUUUUCAGGUCAAGCAGUAACACUGACGCAAAAUAUCGUCAUUAGUGGCACUCAAGGCAUUACACCUGCUCUCAUCGACUCGUGCAAGUUAGCAGCUCACAUCUCAUUCUGGGAACAAGGACUCAAUCAAGGUGCGAAUAAUGACGAUGCGCAGGUUAUUUUGGCAUUUCUGGAUGUGAACAACGUCCUUUUGCAAAAUAUUAGCACUCCAGAAGUUGAUUUCAGUGCGGGGGUAUGGGGCCAGUAUUCAAAUGUAUACACCAUACCUGUUGGAACACGAAGCAUCAAUUAUACAAUGAAAUUUAUCCGACAUUUUGGGACAGAUAUAGACUCUUUCAUAGAUGACAACGCGCUCACAAUUGUUGAGCAGUAA